AAAAGGGAUGCCCGAUUUUAUGUUCGAGAUGUGGUCUACACUGCCGGUGAAAAAAACCUGAAAUGUGAAAUGCAUUAAUUGUUCCUCGUCUUAUUACAAUCAGUCUUCUUCGCGCAUGCAGCAAAAUGACUAUAGACAACCCAAAUCGGACAAAUUGAGUUUUGAAAGAAACACCUAAUGACAAGCUGUGGUAGGCCUUAAACGCAGCUUUUGAAGUAAAGCUACGAAUAGUUGCUUUCGUUUGCCAUCAAAUUGUGAGAAUUAGCUGGUUUACUUCCAAAAGCUGGUAUUUGUAAAUUUAAAGCAAUGGAGGAAAGCACAAGUUCAGGUAGUUCAAAAAAGAAGCAAAAGAAAGAGAGAGACAAAACCACACAGAGACAAAUAUCACAAGGGCCAGAAUUACAGUCAACCGAUAUAACAACAGGCAAUUUUGAUUUAAUUCCAGAAUUUCCAAAUGAGGUCACCCUGGGCCCUCUAAUGGCUUCCAUGCGCUGGUACAUGAAACCAUUGUUGAUGACCUUGAGUCGAGCAUGGGCUGAGGCUCUCCGCAAUUCCCAGUAUACAACUUCUCAGUACCAGCCAUAUGCUCUGAAAAAUUCAGUCAUCUUAUAUGCCCAUACCCCAAGAAUGGGAAAUGACAACACCCUUACACUGCACAUAUAUCAAGAUGGGAUUCUGAGAAGGCUUCCUCUUCCUUCUGGCAUUGAUGGUGAAUUGGUCAGGUUUUUCUUAAGUGACCAGUGUAUAUAUGCUCUCACUCCCCAUUAUGUAGAUCAGGAAUAUAUGUACAAAAUCAACAAGCUUGAUUUAGGGGGAGGGAUGUUUAAGUGGCAAAGCCUUACACCAUUGCCAAAUAUAGGAGAGCGUAUUUCUAUUUCAAGUGUAAUCAGUGAGGAUGGAGACUCUACACAUGACUAUUUAUGGAUACAAAGCAAUGAGAUUGACAUAGAAGAAAUCAUAUAUUCGAAAACAGGACAGAGAGUUAUCUUGGAUGACGGAAAUGAUUGGUCUACCUGGAAGCUGCAUACAACAACACGAGAUGGCCAAUGCAAGUACAUUCCUCCUCAUCUCACUCCUGCUCAGCCUGUAGAAAAUUCUGGAAACCAUCCACCCCAAUACCUUGACAUAUCUAGCAUAGAUAGGUUGAGACCGAGGCAUCUCUACAAGCUCUUUACUGCCUAUGAAUAUUCACUGAAGCUCAAAGAUCUGGAUAUCAUCAAGCCUACAGUUGAGCCUGAAUUUCUCUUGGUAUUUAAAGAUGACCAUUCUGAGUGUGGCAUAAGAGGAGUCCAUUGUAUUCGCAACAAGGUCAAAACUGAUGGAAAUAUUAAAUUUCUCUUAUACAAAAAAGACCUUCAAAACGCAGAGAGACUUGAGGGCAAAGAACUUGCUGAAGUCUUCAAAUCCUGGAGAAACUUUCUCUCAAACUGGAGACUUUCCCUUCCAGAGCAUAUAAGUGCUGUGAAAUUCACAGCAGAUUUAUCACACAGGAUGGAUGGAUGGCAGAGGCAGUUGAGCUUGCCUUCAAGCAAUAAAAAUGGGUUCAUAUUGAAUAAGCAGUCUACCAUAAAAUUGGCACAACAAGGCACCAUAUACAUCUAUGCCUACAUUGCAACAAUAUGCACAAAUAUGUAUUUACAGGGAGGACCCAAUAUCAAUAUCUUAACAUCAUAGUUCCUAGAUCGAACAAACUCUUUUAAUUUUUGACUGUGAUUUUAAUUUAUCAUACUAAUUUUCAAACUAAA